GAGAGAGAGAGAAAGAGAAAAAGAGAGACAGUCGGAGAGAAAGCAAAGAGGGGAGGAAAGUAAAAGGAGAAAGCAAAGGUAGUGGUUCCAUGCCACGAACGGGGAUGCGAGCUGGCAUCCUCGAAAUUCGUGUCGUAACGAGAAAUUUCGUUCUCUCUCCUCGAUGAACCACGAGAGAAAGAGAGAGAAAGAGAGAGAAAGAGAGAGGGAGAGAGAAAGGAAGAAAAGACAGACAGAGAGAGAAAAAUUUUUUCUAAAUAAAAUCAGGCGAUAACUAACUCGUGUUCGUUCGUGAAAAAAAAAAAAAGAGAGAAAGUUAAAGGAUUCUUUCGUUUUUACGAGAAAAAAAAGACGCGAAAGUUCGACCGAUCGAAAAUCUCGAGAAAUUCUCGUCGCUGAUGCUGCGACGGUCCAGAAGGAAGAAACGUCGUUGAGGAUGCUUCCUAUCGGAUUACGGAAUCGCGUGUGUACUCGAAGGACCGUGAUCUUGAAGGUGUACGACAUAACGAUGUUCGCGUUGUGACGAGCCGCUUACGGGAAGUAUCCUUUUUCACGUGGAAAUUCGAUCUUGUCGGUGUAUACCCUGACCGUAACUGCUACUAUUACUUCCACUACUCCUACUACUAUUAUUAUUACUACUACUAUUACUAAUACUGUUGCUGCUGCUGCUGUUGGUGGUGGUGCUGGUAUUGGUGCUUUAUCGUUUCGUUCUUGACACUCGUGAAUUAAAAGCCUGCAGCGGUACCGAGAGUGAAUAUGUCGUGGCACAAAGAUCUCGCCAGGAGAUGACAUUCUUUCCUGUGCUCUAACGUUUCUAGUCGGGUCGUCGACCAUCGGCAGAAUGCUACCGCGUGGACUGCCAUUAAUAUUUCUUCUUGUGCAGUUAUCUCAUCAUAUCGUUUGGGCUGCGUUGGAGAACACAAGAAUGUUCGACAAACUGGAAAAUGUCACGCAGACCAUAUCGAGAAUACUCGACGGCUAUGACAUUCGAUUGAGGCCGAAUUUUGGCGGAGAGCCACUAUUAGUUGGUAUGGAUUUAACUAUAGCGAGUUUCGAUGCCAUUUCGGAAGUCAACAUGGAUUACACUAUAACGAUGUAUUUAAAUCAAUAUUGGAAAGACGAGAGACUCGCCUUUUCGCAAGAGGAGGAAAUCUUGACACUGAGCGGUGAUUUUGCAGAAAAGAUUUGGGUUCCGGAUACUUUCUUUGCCAAUGAUAAGAACAGCUUUUUGCACGACGUAACUGAACGCAACAAACUCGUCAGACUCUCCGGCGACGGUUCUAUCACUUAUGGCAUGAGAUUUACAACGACAUUGGCCUGCAUGAUGGAUCUGCACUACUAUCCUCUCGAUUCGCAGAACUGCACCGUAGAGAUCGAGAGCUACGGUUACACGGUACUCGACGUAGUAAUGUAUUGGAAAGAUACUCCUGUUCGAGGAGUGGAGGAAGCGGAAUUGCCGCAAUUUACGAUAAUCGGUUACGAAACGAACGACCGGAAAGAGAGAUUGGCUACCGGUAUUUAUCAAAGGUUAUCGCUCAGCUUCAAACUCCAACGGAAUAUCGGUUACUUCGUAUUCCAGACCUAUCUUCCGAGUAUACUCAUCGUAAUGCUCAGUUGGGUCAGCUUCUGGAUCAAUCACGAAGCGACCAGCGCGAGAGUGGCCUUGGGUAUCACGACUGUUCUCACAAUGACCACAAUUUCAACCGGUGUGAGAAGCUCCUUGCCACGAAUUAGUUACGUCAAAGCUAUCGACAUAUAUCUGGUAAUGUGUUUCGUUUUCGUUUUUGCUGCGUUACUAGAAUAUGCGGCAGUCAAUUACACAUACUGGGGUGCAAGAGCUAAAAAAAAAAGCAAAAAAAAGGAUAACGAAGAACAGAAAGUUCUUACUUCGAAAACUGGAAGCAAAGCUACCUCACCUUUCCCCGGUUCGACCGAUGCUGAUAUUAUCGAGCUGCAGGAUCUGAGAAUGUCGCCAUUGCCAAGCAUUAGAAAUAGAUCAGGUUUGAUCAGUGGUUCUUCGACACCUGGUCUUGGGAAACAUCAUGAUCCAGUCAAAUUUCCACCUAGUUUUCGUAUCUCAAGAACAGUUGCCUAUAACACACAUGGUAGAAACAGUGGUCUCAGAUACAGAGGCCCGAAACAAAAUAAACCUAAGGUACUACACGCUAUUCGUAGAGGUGCAUCGGUAUUACGCGUGUCCAUGCCAAAAAUCAAAGACGUUAACGUGAUCGACAAAUACUCGAGAAUCAUAUUUCCUGUCAGUUUCAUGCUGUUCAACGCGAUAUACUGGAUCUUUUAUUUUGUAUGAACGAUAUAAAGAAACGCAGGUACAAAAAACAAAUUGAAUCAUCACUAUUUCGUGUGUACAUACAUACAGAGAGAAAGAGAGAGAAGGAGAGAGAUAUGUUUUAUGCGUUUAUAUGGGACAUUGUGAGAGAGACAGAAAUGAGAACUGUCUCGGAUUUAUGAGAGAAGCAAUAUGUUGGGAUCGAUCGAUCCGCUCUUCGUACUGAAACUAAUAACUACUAUGACAGAAACAAAAAAAAAGAAGAGAAAAAGAAAGAAAAAUAAAAAGAUUAAAAAAAAUAUUUUACGAACGUUCGAGUGUCCUCAAUCGAAAGCUGCCAUAAUUACUUAUCGAUUUACGUAAGUGGUGUUAAGGACUUUGAUCGCAAAUGAAUAUUAUUAUAGCUGAAUUCUUAAAUAUGAAAUCAAAUGAUCCUUCGAGAGAGAUAUUACGAAUGAAUGAGGAUACGAUAUUUAAACUGAUUAUUAUUAUAAUUAUAAUAAUAAUGAUUAUAAUAAUAAUUAUCACUAUUAUUAUUAUUAUUAUUAUUAUUAUUAUUAUUAUUAUUAUUAUUAUUAUUAUUAUUAUUAUUAUUAUUAUUAUUAUUAUUAUUAUUAUUAUUAUUAUUAUUGCGAUAAAAAUGAAUUCUUAACUUUAAUCGGAGAAAAUUAUAACAGACGAGAAGAAUAUUCCACUUAAGAUCAAAAGCAAAAGAAAAAAAAAUUGCUUCAAGCGUUAAUCUACGCAUACGCAGAAGUUAUACAAUUCUUUACUGCCAAAUGAAAAUAUCCUCAAGAACGUUCUUACAUAGCAAUAAGAGAGAGAGAGAGAGAGAGAGAGAGAGAGAGAGAGAGAGAGAGAGAGAGAUGUAAUUAUCUUCUAAUAUAAAAAAACAAAUAAUCUCUUCAUUAUCGUUUAAAGACGAUCUUCGAUUGCAUAUAUACAUAUGUAAGUAUAUAUAUCUCUGAAACAUAAAAAAUUGUAUACGAUUAUAUUGUACACUUGCAAUCGAGAAAAAACUUUCAUUAUUUUUUAUUCGGUGGAGACUAACAUCAAUCAUAGCAUCUAGAGAUCUUUUGCAUUUCAUUUUAAUUUUACGAUCACUUAGUCUCUAUGUGUAAGAUAUAAAGAAAAAGAAAGCCAAAAAAACAUAAUAUAUAUGCGUACACACACACACAAACACACACAUAUACACAAACACAUACAAAUUAUUCAUGGAAAGUGAGUAGAAAGUAUUUCACAUAGAUUUUCAGUAAGAAUGUAAAGACGUAAUGUAUGUUAAAUAUACAAGCCGAUCGUAUGAAUGAAAGAAAAAAAAUAAGAAAAGAAAAUAUUAUUUUCAGUAAUUACACGAACGCGCUAAUUGCAUUUGCCUGUUCGAACUUUUAUUACUAAUUUUAAACAAGAUAUAUCAAAACCGAGAAUACAAAAAUGCAAAGAAUUUUCCAUUAUAUGAUUUGCAUUAUAUGCAAAUAUUUCGUUUUUUACAUUAUAUUUCCAUUAUAUGUCAUCAUAAUUAUCACGCGUUAUUAAAUUGUAUAAUCUAACUUGUAUCGUCGCACAUAACUUACAAUUAGAACGAUGAUUAUUACUUAAUUAUCAUUUAAUUAUACAUUGAGUUAAUCUUUUCUUUACGUUUUUUUUUUUUUUGUUCGAAAUAUAUAAUUUUAUUGUAAAGAGAUGUAGAAACAUUACGUAGAUUUAAAUAGUCUCAUGACGUGUAUUUUAUUAAUCUACGUUUCUUGCUUCGCCUUGAUCAAACGAUUCAUCGAUCAAAACGUAAUAGACAUUUAAAUGUAUUUGUACAUUUAAAUGUAUUAAAAUAUACGUUUUAACGUGUGACCAAAAAAAAAGUAAAGAAACACAUGGUCGAUACAUAAAAUCAAAGGGAUAUCGAUCGAUUAAUAUUUCCUUCUAUCGUAACAAAUUCGGGGGACCUCUGAAUUAUAGAUUGUGAAUAAUAUAGUAUAUAAUAUGAUGUAAGAUAUAUACAUAUAAAAAUGGAUAACAAUUGAAGCGGCACAAAUCUCUUAACCUGCAAAUAAAAAGGAUCUUCUGUACGAAAUAUUUUCUUG